AUGUUUUCAAAGAUUUUACCUGUAGCUGCUCUAUUGGCUCUAUAUAUUAAUGCAGCUGUCUCAACUUAUAAGGAGUCCAAUCAUGCCUUAGUGGCCCGUAGAUUAGUACAUCAAACCAAUUGGGCUGCCAUUAGCACCAUUUCCACCCAUCGCAAACUAAAAGAUUACCCAAUGGUCCAAAUUCUUUCGAUCAAUGAUUAUGAUGCCAAUAAACAAUCAACUGGACGCAUUCAAUUCCUGUUGACUAAUUUAGAUUUUACGGGCAAGGAUGUGAAACAAAAUAACAAAGUUAGCCUGCUCUUCAACGACGAACAACUACUCCAUUGUUCGGAACAAAAUUUAGAUCCCAUGGAACCUACUUGCGCUCGUACCAUCAUUAGUGGAGAAGUGAAAAGGAUGGAUGAAAACCAAAAGGACUACCAAGAAGCCUUGGCAUCAUUUGUUGCACGCCACCCUGCCUCCCAAAAGUGGCUAGACAAGCAUAACUUCUAUUUGUGUGAAUUGGAGAUAACCAAUAUUUUCGUUUUGGACUUUUAUGGAGGCGCUCAUAACAUCAAGCCCGAUGACUAUUACAAGGUCGAAUUGUAAAAUGCAUU